GCUCAGCAUUGCAGAGAUUCUUUGUUCAAGGUGUUGAAAGCAUGGAACACUGCAAGCAAAGUCAGUUCAACCACUGUUCACGCUUCAACCGCUGCUCUCUUUCUCUCUCUCCCUCUCCUGUGACUGCUGCCAGCGAGUCCUUCACAAAGAGACCUGUCAGGAUUGUGUGCUCAUCUUGCAGUGGUGUUGAGGCUGAUCAGUCUGCGGUAUGGGUUGUUCUGCCUCCAGGCCCUCCAUUGCAGUGCAACCACUCGACGACACUGGAGCUCAACAAGAUCCUGCUGAUGCUGACAGGGCUGCUGAUGUACCCUCCCAACAGCCACCCAACAUGCAAGUGUUCAUCGGGAAUCGAUUCCCAGCUCGGCAAGAAAGCUACACUAGUGCUAUCAUGUUCAGACGUCCCCAACACAUCCCAGACAUGUUCUUCAGUGAUAGUUUCAGCCUUUCUGCAGCACAACCACCAGACACUGGAGCAGCUCAACAAGGGACGGACCAGUCUUCCUCUGAUGUCCCCUCCUCACAAAAUGUACCCAGCAUCUGCGCCAGUGUUACUUCCCCCCCACGCAGGUUCUCCACUGCAGUACAUCCACUCAACACUGGAGCUCAUCUAGCACAACCACCAGACACUGGAGCUCAACAAGGUAGACCAGUAUCUGACCCAGAGGAGGAGGACACUGCUCAACAAGGUAGACCAGUAUCAGACCCAGAGGAGGAGGACACUGCUCAACAAGGUAGACCAGUAUCAGACCCAGAGGAGGAGGACACUGCUCAACAAGGGACGGACCAGUCUUCCUCUGAUGUCCCCUCCUCAUCUCCUUCCAAGAAUGUACCCAGCAUCUGCGCCAGUGUUACUUCCCCCCCACGCAGGUUCUCCACUGCAGUACAUCCACUCAACACUGGAGCUCAACAAGGUGCUGGCAGACCUUCCCAACAGCUUACUGUACCCAAUGUUUUCUUCAGAGGUGGCUAUCCCUCCACUCCAGCACAACCACCCGACACUGGAGCUCAACAAGGGACGGACCAGUCCUCCUCUGAUGUUCCCCCUCCUCCUUCCCACAAUAUACCCAGCAUUGUCAUCAGUGAGAGUUCCUCCGAUGUCCCUCCAUCCUUUUACUCCAAAGAGCUAGAAGAGUUGAUACUGAGGAUGUUUGCUGAUACCGCUCUCCGCUCUCCCAAGCACAGAUCCAGGAGUGCCUGCACUGAAGAUGCUGAUGACGGGGCCUCUUAUCCUUGGCCUUCACAAAAUGUAACCAGUAUUUUCAUCAGUGAUGGUUCUCCCGCUGUUGCAAAACGACCACUCAGCACUAGAGCUCAACAAGGUACUGAUGAGCGGGCAGAUAGUCCUUUAACACUUUCCCAAAAGGCCACUAACUUGUUGCUAAUGAUGCGUCAGAUGUUAACCCGUCGUAAUGCAGUACAGCCACUCGACCUUGACCUUGAUAAUCAACCGGGUGUGGAUGAUGACAAUAUUUCAUCUUUCCUCGACUUGUCCCCUUCUGAACAAGCCACUGCAGUGAUGCAUGAUUUAUUCUUCAGUGCUGAAACUCCAUCCAUGGUUCAACUAUCACCUCUCCUAUGUGGAGGUCAACCAGAUACUGAGACUGAUGAUGUCUUCUCAGCCAGUGGAGAGGAACCCAACGCCCACCCGAUGCUCAUCAGAGCUCAACAAAUUGCAGGGACACCUGCUGAGUACUCCCCACGGGAUAUCCCCCACUCCUAUUUCAUGAAGAGGAGGAAUGCUACCACCAUCACUCACCAAGAGCUCAUCCAGGAUAUACUGGCUCUAAUACAAGUGGAUGGAGCCAGGAAGAAGGUGUCACUCAAAGGACCAAUAGCCAGUGUUCUUCCCCCCGAAAAACCUUCAAGCACAAAACGUCCCAAACAAAGAGAUCCUGAAAUAAAUAUGCAGCUGCCUGUGUAUCGGUCCAUACCAAAGCCAUUGAAUCCCAGGCCAAAGUAUCGCAAACCACCACCAAAACGAAAAAAUCAACAAAAGCGUUUGUUACCUACUGAUGCUCAGAAGGAGUUCUUUAAAAUGCUAGAAAAGAAAAUCAAUGAAGGACCCGACUGUGACCCAACAAAAGAUAAGGAUGAGAAUAAGGAUGACAAAGAUGAUGACAAAGAUGAGGACGACCAAGAUGAGGACAGUAUGCAGCUGCGGUCUAUACCAAAGCCAUUGAAUCCCAGGCCAAAGUAUCGCAAACCACCACCGAAACGAAAAAAUCAACAAAAGCGUUUGUUACCUACUGAUUCUCAGAAGGAGUUCUUUAAAAUGCUAGAAAAGAAAAUCAAUGAAGGACCCGACUGUGACCCAACAAAAGAUAAUAAGGAUGACAAAAAUGAGGACGACCAAGAUGAUGGAGAGAUUCGUGUGAUAGGGUGAAUCACCUCCGGCUAUGGACUGACUGUAUCGUUACUAGGCAACAAUUCAAUUCAUUUUGAUUUCAUCUCUAUUUCUUUCUAAAUUUUAAACAAUUAAUUAAUUGCUUCUCAAAAUUAAUUUCAACAUUCA